GCCUCACACAACGGCUCAAACCGAAGAUAAACCAGAAAAAUGGCAGUCUGCUCCUCGCCACUUGCAGUUGUCUCUCCCAAACCAGCAGCACUCCCCAAACUCAGCUCUAAGCUAUCGCAAACUAGGCUUAACGUUUCCUCUGCUCACAUUCACAGCCCCUCCAAAUCAUCAUUGCUCGUAAACUUGUCUAAGAGAAGUUUCACACGGUUGAACGCUGCUGGGUUCGCAGAGAUCGAGCCUGACCUCAAUGAAGACGCCACUAACCGUUGGGAAACUAACAGUAUCUCCGCGGAGGAUUUUAAGUAUGGAGACUAUGAUGACCACCAUACUUACCAUGAAGGAGAGGAGACAGGAACCUUCUGGGGAUCAAUAGCAGAAGAUGUUGAAGCAGUAGGACCCCCUACAGGUUUUCAGGGUUUAAUAUCAUGGCUUUUUCCCCCUGCAGUUGCUGCCGCAAUGUAUUUUCAUGCUCCGGGGGAGUACUUGUUCAUUGGAGCGGGUCUAUUUACGAUUGUAUUUUGUAUUAUUGAGAUGGAUAAGCCAGAUCAACCCCACAACUUUGAACCUCAGAUAUACAAUAUGGAGAGGGGAUCUCGUGACAAGUUGAUAGCUGAUUACAAUACCAUGGAUAUCUGGGAUUUCAAUGAGAAAUAUGGGGACCUAUGGGAUUUCACUGUGAAGGCGAAGGAUGAUAUAACAAAGAGAUAAAUGAUGCAACACAGCACACCAUAAUCGGAAUCUUUAACAACUUGAGCAUAAAAGGUAUAACUAUAUUUUAGGCCUCUUUUAGUAUUGUCCAAAUUCUCCUUUCUUUCUGCAUUGUCUUAUGUUUUGUUUAUAUAUCAGGUUUAGUAAUUGUAAUUUGUAAAUCUCCAAGAAAGAGAGAGUACAUAUAUGAAUUUCAUUUAUGAUGUUAUUGGUGUACAAAUUCAAUAAAAUAUGCAGCACUUAUCUGUCA